UCUUAACAAAAACAAAGAGGAAGUGUUGUGGGCGCCACACGUGUGACACAUCAGUGAACAAAAGCGGUAAACCCUAAAUCCUGAUUCCUGAACGUACCUAUCGGACCGCCGCCAGUUAUCCCCGCCAUCCAACGCCGUCGAACUUUCUGUUUACCAGCCGCCAUCUCCCCUCUCUCACUCUCCCUCACUCCACUACUUUUUCAUUCGACGCUUCCCGCCCUAUCUUCUCUGCCCACGGUAGCUACCGUCAGUUUUCUGUCCGCUUCUUCUUCUUCCUGCUGUCUUUCAUCAUGGUGCAAUCGAGACGAGAGGAGCGAAAGGAAGCUCGGUUGGCGAAGAAAGCAAGCAAACAUGAGUCGUGGAGUCGACAUAAGAAUAUUCAAAAGCUUGGUAAAGCCAAUGUCGGGGAUUUGAAAUCGAAAAAUGUAGAGAAGAAGAAAAAUUCUGUUGGUCUGACUGCGAAAAGAGUUAAUUCUGAGCGAAAUGAGACUAGGUUUCAAUCUAAUACAGCGGAAGAGAAAGUUGAAGCGAAAGCAGAGUUUCUGAAACGAGCUGAUCAUAAGGCCUCAAAGGCGGUUAAAAGAGAAAAGGUAUCUAAGAGAACCCCGAAAACGAAUUUUGAAAAGUAUCUUGAAAUGGAUAGGAUUGGGGCUCAGGAGGAUUUGGAAUUAGAAAGGAGACUUGCAAAGAAACUCAAAGUGAAGGAUGGGAAAUUGAAGGGGGAGGAUUUUGGCCUUAAUGUGUUGUUUGAAGGGAUCGUACCUGUUGAUUCAUUUGGCACAGAAGAAACGAUCUAUGCUGAUGCAUUACCUGUCAAAAAAUCUAAGAAUAGCGAUUCACGCAAGAAACGUAAGAAAGAUAAGUCAUUGGAGGACAGGCUAGAAGGUGAGCUACCUUCUAGAGGAGUUCCAGAGGAGGCAGUAACUGAUGGUGCAGAGGUGGAAAUUGAAGAUUUUCCUUCCAAGAAAUCAUUGAGGAAGAGAAAUAAGAAGAGAAAGGUGCUAGAGGAAUCUGAAGAAGCCAAUGAAGGUGACAUGACAGUUGAUGUAUCUAAGCAAAUGGAGUCAUGUGGUGCAGAGAUGGCAUCAGAAAAGGUUCCCAUGAAGGCGCCUGAAAAAUAUGUUGCUCCUCAAAAGUAUGUAGCUCCUCACUUAAGAUCUUGUGCAGGGAAUGAGCCAGAAGAGCAUAGUCAGAUUCGUAGACGCGUAAGAGGUCUUCUGAAUAGGUUGUCUGAAUCUAAUGUGGAAUCUAUUACAGGAGACCUAUCAGCUAUUUUUCGUUCCAUUCCUCGUGCCAUUGCUUCUCAGAUGUUCAGUGAGGAGGUUAUAUCAUCUUGUGCUGGUGGUCCUCGUGGGAAUGAACAAUAUGCUGCUGUUUUUGCUGCUCUUGUGGCAGGCAUGGCCUGUUUAGUAGGAAUGGACUUUGGUGCAAACCUUUUGGCAUCACUUGCAAAAACCUUUGAGGACGAGUACCACAAAGAAGACAAUAUUUCGCUGAGAAAUGUUACGCUUUUACUUUCAUAUUUAUGCAUAUUUGGAGUUUGCUCGAGUGAAUUGAUAUACGACUUUCUGGUUGUUUUGAGCAAGCGGUUAACCGAGGUUGAUGUCUCUACCAUACUGACAGUUUUACAAAGCUGUGGAAUGAAAAUAAGGGCCGAUGAUCCUCUUGCGAUGAAAAACUUUAUUCAAAGUGUUCAAAAUAGAGUGAAUGAGCUAAAAGCCUCCUGUGGAGAUAACCAGGAUAAUAUUAACGGCAAAAGAAUGGAAUUCCUGCUUGAGACCAUAUUGGACAUCAAGAACAACAAAAAAAGGCCUAAAGAGGAUACUGCACAGCAUACUAGGAUAAAGAAAUGGCUACAAAAGUUACAGGUAGAAGACAGUUUAAUAAGAGGGCUUAAAUGGAGCAAACUUCUUGAUUCUAAUAAGAAGGGCCAAUGGUGGUUGUCUGGGGAUAUUGCCUCAGCAACAGACACUGUCGAAGAUGUUGCCAACACAAUAGACAAAGAGGUUCUUGAAACCCAGAAAAUGCUGCAGAUUGCUGCUGCACAGAGAAUGAACACAGAUGCCAGAAGGGCAAUCUUUUGUAUAAUUAUGAGUGCGGAGGAUUAUCUUGAUGCGUUUGAGAAGCUUCUAAGAUUGGAUUUGCCUGGAAAGCAGGACAGGGAGAUCAUCAGGGUUCUUGUGGACUGCUGUUUGCAGGAGAAAGUAUUUAACAAGUAUUACACCACUCUGGCUUCCAAGUUGUGUGAGCAUGACAAAAAUCACAAGUUCACUUUACAGUUUUGCCUUUGGGACCACUUCAAGGAUCUGGAGUCAAUGCCGCUUACCGGGUCAAUGCACCUUGCAAAAUUCGUAGCAGAGAUGGUAGCCUCUUUCACCCUCUCCCUUGCAGUAUUGAAGACGGUAGAUCUAGUCGACAUUAAGCAGCUAACAGCUAAAAGGACAAUGUAUUUCCGGAUGCUAUUCGAGGCCAUCUUCGAGUAUCCUGACAGCCUCAUAUGGAACAUAUUCACGCGUGUAGCUGUUUCUCCGGAGCUCGAAAGUCUUCGGCAUGGGAUCGAGUUUUUCAUCAAAUAUAUUGCGGAAGCCAAUAGAGCCCUCAAGGAAAAGUUUAAGCUCGCAAAGAAAGCCCUGAGUAAUGUUGAAGGAGUUCUGAUGUGAGUUCAUUAGUUUUCUAUACAAAUUUUGUAGUUUAUAUUUAUCCAUAAAUUAGAUGAGCAAAUCAUACGAUGAGAUUCUUGUUUUUGUUUGGUCAUUUAUUUAUUUAAUUUGCAAAGCAAGAUAUCGGUUUAGUAUAAACCAGCUGGCUGUGCACUGGAGAUUUUCUAGUAUGCUUUCGGUAUUCUGUACA